UUCGACGAGAAUGUCACCCCGCUCAGAUGCCUAUUGCGAUGGUAGAAAUAAUAUCUGCUUGGUCUCGGUAUUCUCGGACAGUGUUGCGAGUCUCGAUGCGGUGUGGAUUCGGCUCGCACAACUCUUGGAUUCACAGUGCAUGCAUACGGGAUCUCGCGAUGCGAUGUGUGCAAUGCAGCAAUCCUGCAGAGGCGCACUCGCACGGCAGAUGUGAAGUUUGACGAGGAUUGUUCCUGAUCCGGGC